GAGGAGGGAGGGAGUGAGUUAAAGAGGAGGAGGAGCAGAGUGGUGGAUUCAGUCAUUCAGUUGAAGCUCAGAUGGAGGUUUUUCCUCCCGCUGAGGAGAAUCUGACGGCAUGACGACGACUUCCUGAGAGAGAGAGAGAGCGAGAGAGCGAGCCUCCCCUCAGUUUCCACGGUGACGGCAUCCCUCCAUCCUCCUCCUCCUCCUCCAUCAUCUCUUCGUCCGGUUGCUGUCAGCUCGCUGGUGUCAGGAUGGUGGAUAAAGGAACCAGAGUGUUUAAGAAAGCCAGUCCCAAUGGAAAGCUCACUGUCUAUCUGGGAAAGAGAGACUUUGUGGACCACGUGGACCUGGUGGAGCCUGUCGAUGGCGUCGUCCUGAUCGACCCGGAGUACCUGAAGGAGAGGAAAGUGUUCGUGACUCUGACCUGCGCGUUCCGUUAUGGUCGUGAGGAUCUGGACGUCCUCGGGUUGACGUUUCGGAAAGACCUGUUUGUGGCGAACAUCCAGGCGUUUCCUCCGCUGCCCGAAGAGAAGAAGAGUCUGACUCGUCUUCAGGAACGGCUGAUUAAAAAACUGGGGGAACACGCCCACCCGUUCACCUUCGAGAUUCCUCUGAACCUGCCCUGCUCCGUCACCCUGCAGCCGGGCCCAGAAGACACCGGGAAGGCCUGCGGAGUGGACUUCGAGGUGAAGGCUUUCUGUGCAGAAAACGCAGAAGAAAAGAUCCACAAAAGGAACUCUGUGCGUCUGGUGAUCCGGAAGGUGCAGUACGCUCCGGAGAAACCAGGUCCUCAGCCGACGGCGGAAACCACCAGGCAGUUCCUGAUGUCGGACAAACCUCUGCACCUGGAGGCCUCUCUGGACAAAGAGAUCUACUAUCACGGGGAGCCAAUCAGUGUCAACGUCCACGUCACCAACAACACCAACAAGACCGUGAAGAAGAUGAAGAUCUCAGUGCGACAGUACGCAGACAUCUGCCUCUUCAACACGGCUCAGUACAAAUGUCCGGUGGCCACCGAGGACUCAGACGAUAUCGUUUCUCCCAGUUCGACUUUCUGCAAAGUUUUUACUCUCACUCCAUUUCUGGCCAACAACCGAGAGAAACGAGGCCUCGCUCUGGAUGGAAAACUGAAGCACGAGGACACCAACCUGGCCUCCAGCACACUGUUAAGAGAAGGAGCCAAUAAGGAGAUCCUCGGCAUCAUUGUGUCCUACAAAGUCAAAGUGAAGCUGGUGGUGUCUCGAGGCGGGCUCCUGGGAGAUCUGGCAGCGAGUGACGUCUCCGUGGAGCUGCCGUUCACAUUAAUGCACCCGAAGCCGUUAGAAGAAUCCAUCUACAGAGACGCUGCAGACGAAGCUCCCAUCGACACAAACCUGAUCGAGUUUGACACAAACGACGAUGACAUCAUCUUUGAAGACUUCGCCCGCCAGCGGCUGAUCGGCGCAAAGGACGACAAGGACGAAGACGAGGAGCCGGUGGACUCGCCCAAUCUCAAUGACAGAUAAAGGCGCCGAGCGUUGCCGCCGCCACUGCUGCUGUUGUUGUUUCGCUGCUGUUUGUAGUGUGGAGCUAACGGAGGUCACCUUUAGGUCAAACCACAGUCCGGACACCCCUUCAACACCCGGUGGUGCCGUGUUUGUGUUCUCGUUCAUGUUCGUCCUCUCUGCGUCCUGCCGGAGUGUAAAAAGCUAGAAUACCGCAGCCUAGACGUCAGUUGUGUUUUCAGACGGAGCAGCCCUCCACUCCUCCGCCGGCCAGCCGGAGACGUGACCCGGCGAGCGCAGCAUCGUAACGACGGCUGGUAGCAUGCCUCUAAUGUCACUUUGUUCUAUGUGUUUCCAUUAGGGACGAGCAGGAGUAACGUUGUGUUGAGAUUAGUUUCGAUGUAUCAGCGGGUCUUCAUAAACAACUACACUGCCAACUUUGGUUGAUCUGGGACAGUUCACCACUCGAGCCACAACACGGACGCCAGCUGACGGAGGUCUUUGUUAACGGUCUGUGUGUAGACGAAGCGGCGGAGUGUGAAGAAACAUCAGAGGAAGAGUCAUCCAUAGGGCGUACAGAUCCGCCGAGAGGACCUGAAACUGUCCGAAAGAGCCGCCAAUCAGCUGAGAGGAACUGGUGGCUCAAUUUGCAUGAAAUACAUCAACAUUUCUAUGAUUUAUUAAUGUCAUGAAUAAUCAAACUUUAUAGAGGACGGCCCUGAUUUUAAAGGAGUGUGUUUGUAGGUUUGUUUGUUGUUUCAUGUUGAUCAUUUUCCAAAUCAGCAUCAGUAUUUAGGUCGAUGUCCUUCCCUCCAGUCAGCCCCUGCUAUUACUUCACGUCUGUAAAAACUACUUGCAAAGAAAUGAUUCAGGCUGCGAAUUUGACCUCAGCAUGUCUGAUGAAAUGUGUCUGUAGAACAAAAGCUGUUAAGUGCAGAAAGCUGGCGUCAAAUGUCUGCUCAGAGUCAGACAGUUAAAGAGGUCAUAUUCUGCUUUUUGGCUUCUCUCCUCUCCUUUAACGUGUUGUAAAUGUUUUUUUGUGUGCAUGUAACAGGUUUGCAAAGUGUAAAAGCCCAAAGGGAGUUCCCAUCUCCCACAGAAAACUCUGCUCCUGAUCUGAAUACAGCUGGAUUGUAGUCCAGCCUUCAGUAACCUCUCUGCGUCACCGUGUAACAAGCAGCGUGAUGCUCGCCAAGCGGCUAGUGUGGCAAAUACCGUUAGAGCCCCUCCAGGCAGUUACUGUGAUGUAGAGACGGAGCUCAGGUAAAACUUUAUGAAAGAUAAACGUGUUACAGAUUAAUAACUCACCGCUCUGAAACUCUGGAUCCAGUCUGGGUUCUGUCCUGGUUCUGGUGGUUCUGCCUGUGUUUCGGGAUCAGGCUCGGGCUUGAACAUGUACUUUUUUUGGUGGAUCACACUACCUUGCUUGUGAGGACAAGUUGGGCAAGUUACUAAUAUAUUAUAGUUUCUUGUUACUCCUCAAAAAGUAAUAAUAUUACUUUUACUAAUUACUGGGUGAUAAAAGCAACUACAGUAUUUUUUAAAAAAACAUAGGGCCUACAACGUUGCUUAACGCCGCUCUCUCAGACGAGUCCAAGCAUCACUGGCAGUAGCGGCCGGAGUUUCUUUCUCCAAGUUUCACGUUGCUGUGCUGCUUUAGCAGAUGCUUCAGUAAAUCAGAUGUACAAUUGUUUGCAGUUGAAAAGACUGUGACAGAAUAAUGCCAGUAGCUACUUCCAGCUGUGGAAAGAAUGCCUCUCUCCUUCGUUCUCCAUUCUUCCUUUAGCUUUUUGGCUAACGGCUGACUUGAACAACAUAAGGUCCAGUGCCACUGAGCUGCAGCGCAGUCGCGCACUCACGUCAUGGAUGGUGCGUUCAGUAGCGCAGUAACGCAGUGUUACUUGGAUUAGUAACAAUAUAAUAAUAUUACUGUUUUAGAAAAGUAAUCCGUUACAUUACUAGUUACUGGGAAAAGUAAUAUUAUUACAGUAACGUGUUGCUGUGCAACACUGGUUAGGACCCGCCCUACUCUGCUUCUGAUUGGCUAGUAGUCCUUAUCUAGGAACUGCACAUGUGCAACUCCCAUCAAAGAUCAAAUAGAAAUGAGAUGCUAUGACCUCUUUAAUGAUUUAAGUCAUUAUUUUGCUGGUUUCAGACUGUUGCUUAGACGACAUUUAACAUUUGACAACUGUGGCUUCUUUUGAUUAAAGAAAAAAACUAAACAUGUUUAUAUUUCCCAAAGUAAGGUUUCAAGAAAAGUAAAAAAAAGUACAGUAUCUGAGGUGUGGAAAUUUAAACAAUCUUCCAAAUAACUUGCAACAUUUACUGCUCCCUUAGAUAAGUCUUCUUUAUUACUUGAAGAAAAUGACAUUUCUCUCUGCAGGCUGAUUUUCAUAGACAUAAAGUCAAACCGACAAGGAAUUCAAACCAUCAGUGAAAGGGAAUCACUUAAAAAGCUGAUGACUGAUGAUUGGGGCAGUGAUCAGCAGGGAUAUGAUGUAAACAGGAUGUGUUGUAAAGGAUCAGGAGACGUGACGGAUAAAAACAGCGUGUAAUUACCAACAUGUAGUUACAAAACCAGUGUUUAAUCUGAACAUUCAAAGUAAAACAGUGACUGUCGAUGUGUUAGUACUGUGUGUGUGUGAUGUCACUCUACCUGACAGACUGAAUGAAUUUGUGUUUUUUUUCCCCACUGUAACACAACAUUACAGGACGAAGAUCAAAAACUCCCGAAACAUCUUUAUUAAUUGUAACAAUAUUUUAAUUGGCUUUUAUUUUGACAGGGCCAGGAGGAAAUCUGUAAAUUCCACUACAUCUUUAAUAAAAGGACGUUUGUGGCAA